AUGUCCGCUGUUCAGAACACUGCCAACGCCGCUGGCGACAACAUCAACGCUGCGGCGCAGACUGCUUCUCAGCAAGCCAGCAACCUUUCCAACCAAGCUUCUCAAGCUGCUGGCGAUCUUUCCAAACAAGCAUCGGACGCUGCCAGCAAAGCUACCCAGCAGGGAGGCUCCCUCUUGGAGCAGGCUACCCAACUCGUCACCGACUCUGUCGCCUACGCUCAGCAGCAAGCUGGCGCUAUACUCGGUGGCGCCAAGCAGCAGGCUGGUGAUGCAAAGAACCAGGCUUCUGGUGCUGCUGACCAGGCGAGCCGCGAUGCCUCCAACUUGACGAACCAAGCGUCCAAGGAGGGCCACGCAAAUGCUGAGGCAGCUCAAAAGUCCUUGGCAGACCUCGUUCAGCAAGGACGUGAGCUCGGUGCCAAUGCAUUGAAUCAGGCCAACGAGUACGUCAAGCCUCAACAGGCUGGCGACGCCGCCUCUGGAUACGUCGAUCAGGCUCGCGGCAUUGCAUCCAACGCCAUCCAGCAAGCCUCUGGUAUUAUUGGUGGUGCUCAGAACCAGGCCAGCGACGCUGCUGCCACUGCUCAGCAAAAGGCCAGCGAGGCCAGCGCUCAAGCUCAGGGUGCAGUCAAGGGCGCAACUGGCAACUAG